CUGGCGAAUUUGACUUUUAAAUUUGGAACGUAGGUUGAACGGGACUUUUGGCGUUUAAAUUUUUAGGCGACACUUAUGUUCGCUUAAAUUUGGUUGUUAAUAGAUGGAGAAAUUCCAAGUUUGAAGCUCAGGAAUGGGGACACAGUCAAGAGUCCACUUUUCAUACGCAGAACUCGAUUUCCACUGCUCAUUAUUUGCUCAACUUCAAAGAGAAUUUUUAAUCUCCAUUAAAAAAGCAUUAUAUGUGUUCCGGAAAGAAUCGGAAAGUCGGCCAACGAAAUUUUCCCAAACAGCUGCCGAUGUCUCUUUUGGCUUGGAGCUCGAAAACCAACAACCGCCGAUCAAAAUUUGGGUGGCUCAGAUCUCUGAUGUAUAGUCUCUACCUUUUACAGAAGAUGAAAACGUGAAUGUACCAUUCUCCCGCGGUUUCAUUAUGUCCCGAAUCUCGAAGCGUAAAAAGAACUACAAAUAUGGAGAUAAUUCUAAAGAGUUAAGAUUUAAGAUAUCUGGAGUUAGCGCCAAUCAAAGCAAACUGAACGCUGAUUGGUUGUUCCUAAAACUAGAUUGAGUUUAGAAAAGGAGUUCAAAACUUUACUCAAAUUUUUAAGUUUUAAAUUAAAUCUCUAGCUGAUUUAUAAAUUUUCUCGACUAAAAAGUAAUUCAAUUGAAAAAGUGAGGAAAAGAAUUACAAAUGUUGGAAAAGAGAAAUACCAAUCCUUAAUUUUCCUCUCCUUGUCGCACACACCACUGCGAACGGGGGCGGUGCCAUUUGUAAACACAGUAAACACACGACUUCACAGUGCAAUGUGCAUGGUAUGCAUCAAAAGUUCCGCGUGAGAAAAAUUUACUUAUUUAUGACUGCCGACCCAAUACAAUCAAGGAUCUGGGCACGGAGCAUUGAAAUUUAACGCUUUAAUCAGUUUUGGACGGAGACACGGAGAUGGAGAGACGUUCAAUGAGCUUAAGGAGUCAAGUAGGAAAAACUCCGAUUCAAAAGCCGCUGUGCAGACUGUGCGAGUGUCCGACGUCGGACGGCCACGUCCUCGCGUCGCAGGUGGACAGGUUCAAGCUGAGGAAAUGGGCCAUGGAGGUCAUGAACCUGACGGAAGAAGACGAAAACCUGCCGGACGUGGUCGAAGAAGACGCUUUGAUCUGCUAUUUUUGCAUCUGGCAGGCAGAGUUUGGGGACGAGUCUGGAGACGAGGCUGUUGCUUGGUGGCCCAAAAACCUUGAUUUGGACGAAAACGCAAAGGUGCUGCGGGAGAAUUAUUCAGUCGGAGAAGUAGAACAGUGUUGGGUGCAGUUGGAGGAGAUUGAUCUUGCCAAAUACGAAAAGAAAAUCCCUAAGAGGAAAUACGGCAGUGAGGUGUGUUUUUACUGCGGCAAGAGAUACGACUAUCUGAUGCAGCACGUCAAACUGAUGCACAGAGAUGCCAUCAAAUGCGGAAUUCGGGGCUGCACGACUUACUUUCACACUGUGGAGGAAAAAGAGCUGCACAUGCAGCAGGAUCUUCACGAGAAACGAAACAAACCAUGCGAAAGCGGCAAAAUACGUUGCAAAUUUUGUCGAAACAGCAAAUUGUAUUCCUCAAGAAUAUUGUGGAGGACGCACAUGAAACGCAUGCAUCCAGAACUGGUUGCGUGCUCGCGUGUUGGCUGCCAAGAUUACUUCAAAUCCAAGUCUGAAAUGAUUCUCCACAUCAACUCGUUUCACAAACAAGGCAUAAAUCAAGAUCUUUUCCAGUGCAAGCAUUGCGAUUAUUUCACCACUAAGAAGUUUAGGUUAAGGCUACACCAACAAUGGAAGCACUUGCCAAAGAUGUUCAAAUGCGACAGCUGCGAAGCCAGUUUCGGCUCAAAAUACCUGGUUAAUUAUCACAACAAUCAAUUUCAUAGAUUCGACAAGUGCAAAUCUUGUGGCCAGGACGUUUCUCUCGCAUACAAGGCAGUCCACAGAAGGCUAUCGCUUUGCACCAAAUGCAAACUCAAAUUCAAGUGCUCGGGUUUGUAUCAACUGCAUCGGAAGAGCUGCAAACAAAACCCCUAUAUUUGCAAAGAGUGUGGAGAAUCGUUCAACGUGUAUUUGAAGUUCAAUCGCCACGUGAGAAAAUUUCACAGCAAAACCGCGAGUUUUCGCUGCGACCAUUGCGACUAUUCCACAUUUGAAACGGGCCGCAUGGCGUGGCACAUGCAAUACAGACAUUUACCAAAGAUCAUUAAGUGUGGAGAUUGCAACAAAUUGUUUGGCUCGAAAUCUAUUCUUAAGAGUCACAAGGAGAGAUCGCACAAAUACGUUCGUUGCGCAGAAUGUGCCAAGGAAAUAAGCAAUCAAAACAUAUUAUUUCACCGGAAAGUAAAGACUUGCCGCCACUGCGAGUUCAAAUUCAAGUGCUCAGGACUUCUUGCAAAUCAUAUCUGUCUGGAGGGUAAUAAUCUCUUUUGUGACAAGUGCCCAAAAGUUUAUAGGAGUAGGAAAGGUUUGUGUGCUCAUAUUGUCAGGAUGCACAUUGAUAAAUAAAAAAAUGAAAAGCUUUAAUCUUAAAAGUUGCUUUAAAAAUGUUUAAUAAAAAGAAACUAAGCAGGAUAAUUCUGCUCCAGUUUCAAUUUUUGUAAUAGCUGUUUAGUGUAAAAAAACAUUUGUGAAAUUCAAUUUGAAU